UUGGCUCUCAAAGGGCAUCUGGUGACGACCAAUAGCGUUAGCGUAUGGUUUGUUUACUGCAUCGAUUUCCAUAGCAUGAAGCGCUCUCUGUCGACCCCAUAAGCCUUUUCUGUAGCGGCGAUUUACAUGGUUAGGCUGGUCGGUGAAUAUGCUUCGCAGUACAAGAAAAAUGAUCUUGCCUGCACUGCAAGGGUGUAUAGGUUGCAGAAAAGCAAGAAUUAUCACUAUGAAAUGCUUCAAAGACUUUUUGAAUCUUCAAAGAAAUUACAGUCAUCCAGCAGGUGAAGUAAAAUCUUUACGUUCUGUUUUAACUCCACCAAUAUCUAAGAUUCGCAACAUAGGUAUAAUGGCCCACAUAGAUGCAGGAAAAACAACAACUACAGAGAGAAUGCUCUAUUAUUCUGGUUACAUAAGAUCCCUUGGAG